AUGUUUUCCACUCUUCGCCCGGAAAUUAAACGAGUUCAGUGUAUUGUACAUAGUAAUGAAGCAUUAGUAGAAGAUGGAGAGGCAGUUAAUAUUGAUAAUCUUAUUGAGUCAGAUGUUGAAAAUAAUUCGGAGGACGAGGACCAAGAGAAUUCAGAGUUAAAUAUUGAAGACGAAGAUAAGUAGGUACCCAUCUUUCAAAAAAUAAGCAAUAAGGCACUAGGACGUUUUGUAUACGUAAAUCAACGUAAUAAUAUUCUAUUAUUUCCGCCAUGAAAACGUUAAUAUUGAUAGUUGGAGUUCGGGUGUAAUUGAUAAUGAAUCAGAGAAUGCAGCAAUUGAUCAAUUAAUAAUAACAGAAAUAAUGGAAAAAUGUCGAACUGUAAUCAAAAUAAUAAAACGAUCAUCAGUUUUGUCCUCUUAUGUCGAUACUGAAAAAUUAAAAAUACCAACGCUAAAACGAAAUUUAGCCUUGGACGUUAAAAAUCGUUAGAAUAGUACGUAUACAUCAUUCUUAUACUGUAUCUAUCUUAUAAAAAUUUAUUAUAAUACACAUACAUUCCACGAAGGUUACGUUGCACGACAGUCCGAUGAGUAGGUUUAUAGCCUAAACAGAUAGACACUACUAUCCAUUUCAAAAUAGAAUGACAUCGGUUGUUUCUUGAACAAAUCGAGAAUGAAAAGUGACAGAAAGUUACGGCCAUUCACCAUUUUGUUGAGAAAUGUUUACUGCAGCUUUCGAUAUAUGGGGAGUUUUCAAGAUCGGAUUUUCAGAUGGUGUAUCUAACCCGUUGAGUUGAAAGAAGAGAUGCAGCAAGUUGAAUAUAUCUCAAUAACGACUGACUUUUGGUCAGAUCGACGAAUGAAUUCGUUUAUGUGUUUAACUGGGCAUUAUCACGACAAAGAUUCUAAUUUAAAAUCAACAGUAUUGAGCUUUACAG